AUGUCUUUAAGAUACAAGGUGGUGUUAGUGUGGGUUACUUGUUUGUCGUGUAAAGUGAUUAUGACUGGUUGUGAAGUGGUUUUGGUCAAUCGAAAUGUUACAGACAGCUUCCGUGUAGGGAAUGAUGGUUGUACGAAUGAUGCAACUGUCUGUACAAGUUCAGCAACAUGUCAGUCUGAUGGCUCGUGUUUAUGCAGUGAUAGUAAACCUAACUUCAGAAAUCCUGUUAUAAUAGCUGAUGGAGCAAUAAAGUAUGGUGACUCGUAUGGCUGUGUAAGCAGUGAAUUUAUGCGGUCUGGAGUUGGUGAGUGUUUUGUUUCAUAUGCUAAUAAUGCUAUUGAAUCAUAUUAUGGUGGUGCAAGUAAUGAAAGUUUACACUGAAAUGUAUUUAAAAAAUUUUGUGUUUUACAGGCGUCAACGUUUGUUCAUUUAAACCUUUUCAAGUGAUCCCGCAUAGCCCCAAAGAUGAAGCAAUACAAUUCAGUUACGAUCUACGGAACACGAUCUUUCAAAAGUGUUCAUUGGAAAAAGCCGUGGCAAAGUUUCCAGACAACGUUGCAGAAAUGGAUUUGCAAUGGUUGAAUGAAUCUUACAUUGACUUGACCGUCUCAAGCAAAACAUUGUAUUUUAAUGUGCGUAAAUACACUCGUGUUUUUCCCUUUUUUCUUUUUUUGAAAUUAGUUUAUUUUCCUCUUAUCUAGUGGACAAGAUCGGCUACAGAUUUGCAAGGCACUAUAAUAACGUUCACUCUCAAAUGCCAACUGAGCUCUGGCGGUUACUCAACAGAAUGUCUACGAGCGAAGGUUCUUGGAAUAUGGACAGCAGGUAAAGGUUAUCUACCAAACACCCCUAGCUUUUUCCGUGUUUUCGCAGAUUCCUGCUUUGCAAUAAAGAAUUGCCAAUAA